AUGGAAUCGGACACACCAGCCCACCCUUCUCAGUCCCGGCUGCUGGGACGCGGGGGCCGGGCAGGUUCUGCCACCCACUGGUGGCUGGCAGGAAGGCAUAUCCUCCCCCUGCCGCUCUCCAGAAGUCAGAGGUCCCAGCUGGGGGUGUGUCUGCAGCACAGGACAGACUGCAAGGGCUUGGUCUCGCAGCAGCUCUGGCGCCCCAGCUCCAGACCGCCGCCCCCUCGCAGGGCAAGGCGGCAGGGUAUCCACCUUGAGACUGCUCUGGUGCCCCCAAGCCUGUCAGAACAGGGACUCAGAAGGCCCUGCCAGCCCAAGAGCAGCAUCAGGACUGGGAAAGAGGACCAGACAUGCCCACCGUCCAGGUCUUGCUCCUGUCCCUGCCCCCGAGAAACUAGGUCACCCAGAAUCUCCCUCAAGCUGCAUCUCUUCAGGGAAACAAGGCAACACGAUCAGGAAAGACUGGCCCCAUUUGUGGCCCAGCAUCUCCUGCUGCUUCUCCACAUGCUGUCACCUCAAGGUAAAAAGCCGAGACUCCUGGGUCUCCCAGCCUCAUUCCCCGGCCCCAGGGAGGCCCCAGGGUUGGAGGCUAGGAAGCAGCAUCCCCUCCCACCCACCUCGACGGGCCUCAGGAAGCUGGGGUCACAGCUCCAGCUGGGCAGGGCACCAGCAGGAGGCUGCCUGUCCACAUACCAUGACACCCAUACACUGCCAAGGUGCCGCCAGCCCUGCUGGGAUCCCUGGGCAGGCAGGGGCUGCCACAGAGGAACCUGCCAGGGCAGUGGCACCAGCCCCUGAGGCUGCCACUGCCGCAACAUCACAAGCGGCGGGUUUUCACGUUUUAUUGUAA